UUUUUUUUUAAAAAGAAAUGGUGAGGAAUGUUGAAAAAUGUUGGGCGUGGGUUCUGUUAGCUUUAAGCGUGUACGUGAAUGCAUGCAUGGCCGGUGACGAGUGUUUGAAAGGCACUACGUCAAUCACUGUUGGGGAAAACCAAGAGUACGGGACCGUCCAAAGCGCCAUCGACUCCAUCCCCGCCGGCAACAAAUGGUGGGUCCACAUCUACAUCAAAAAGGGCAUCUAUCGGGAGAAAGUGACGAUUCCGAAGGAAAAAGGGUGCAUAUUCAUGGAAGGGGAAGACGAGCGGGAUACAGUAAUCGCAUGGGCAGACCACGGAGCGGUAACCACAUGCUCCACCUUCACUGCCUAUUCCAACAACAUCGCCGUCAAGUACAUUACCUUUAAGAAUACGUAUAAUUUCGACAACCCGGAUGCGGAACUAGUACAGGCACUAGCGGCGAGCCUGCAAGGAGACAAAUAUUCAUUUUACAGAUGCACGUUCAUAGGGUUACAAGACACCAUUUGGGACGCCCAGGGUCGACAUUACUUCCAACAAUGUUAUAUUUCCGGUGCCGUUGAUUUCAUCUGGGGUUUCGGCCAAUCCUUACUCGACGGGUGUGCGAUUGAAGUGACAUUAAAGCCGCUGAAAGACGCAAUCAAUAGAACAGGGACAAUAACGGCACAAGGAAGGCAGUCGGACAAGGAGACGACUGGGUUUGUGUUCAAAAACUGCAACGUCUACGGAGACAGAAACUUGCUCGGGAGAGCUUACAGACCCUAUUCCCGUGUCAUCUUCUUCAACAAUCGACUCGCUGAAUCCGUUCAACCCAUAGGUUGGGAUGCUUGGGAUGUCAAGGGUCACGAGUGGUCGAUCACGUUCGUGGAAGCGCACAACAGCGGGCCGGGGGCGGACACUGCACAGAGAGUGCCGUGGAUGAAGAAGAUGAGCGAUAGUGACCUCAACUGGUUUACCAGUCUUCAGUUCGUCGACCAAGAUGGUUGGAUCUCUCGCCUUCCUGACGGAGCCCUCGCUUGAUCUCUCUCCUCCAUUCUUUUCUUUCGUUCUUUCUUGUUUUUCACUUUCCCCCAAUAAAAUCCCCAUUGUGAUGUGAAUCGAUAAUAUCCCAUCACGUACUCCAAUUGUACGUAAUGCAAUAACAGCUGUUUAGAUUUU